CACCAAGUCACUGUCCGUCCAUGCAUUGCAACACGAAUAUGCACACCAAGUCGACAUCAUGACCACCAUAGUCUAAUUCAUAUGCACACACAAGACACAUCCAAGGGAAGUGAGUGCAACGCAUUGCCGUCUGCCUCUCUGAGCGUCACCGUGAGGCGGGGCUGCAAUGAACGCCUAGACAUCGCAGCCCGACCUCGCGCUCACGAUCACCAGGGACAAGGCAACACUGGCAACACAAUCAGUCCACAGCACAACCCAAGAAGGACGUUCCAUAAUGCGGUUAUCUACGCUACACACACACUCACUGACAUGCCCAUCAGCCCCUCCCUCAAUCAGUCACAGCGUCCAGAAGAGCAGCAUGAGCCCUCUGAGGUACUGCAUGACCUCCCCCGCCCCCAGCUUGGACGAGCCAUAGAUGCGGUCGACGAAGGUGAUGGGGCACUCGGCCACUGUGUAGCCCAUCUUGGUGGCCCUGGUGAUGAGUUCCAUCUGGAACACAUAGCCCCUGCUGACCACACAAGAGAUGACGUCCUCGAACACCGCCCGUCGAUAGAGCCGGAAGGAGCCCGUGAGGUCCGACACACCGGGGCUGAGCAUCACCUGCGCCAGGUAGUUGGCCACACGGCUCGUGAGGAUGCGCCGCAUGUCCCACCCAUACACACCGCCGCCCCUCCCCUUGUAGCGCGUCCCCGUCACGAUGUCGGCCUGUGUGGUCCGCUGCAUGUCGAUGAACUGGG